AUCAAUUAUGCUUUACGUGCACAUAAACGUGAUCCUUUUAUAGAAUUUAUAAAGGGAAUGCUCAUGACACCAUUCGUCCUUCAUUCUAAACCAGCAGAAGAGAAAGAUAUUCAAUCAUUAAGAAAUGAUGAUUUAGUUGAAGCUGAAACUCAUAUAGACGCAAAUGUUGCAAGAUAUUGCGACAUUUUGAAAAGUAUUGAGGAAUUGAUUGAGGUAAAUGGUAUUAUUAUAAUUGUUAUCAUUGUUAUUUUACAUAUACGUUUAUUGGAUCAAUCAAGACUUAAACGAUUGGUUCCAUCCAUAUCAAUGUUCCAUACACCAUUGCCAUUAUGUGAUUCAUUUUUACUGGCAAAUGCUAAACAUUCAAUUGCAGCACGUCGAUUUGUUCCGCCAAGCUUUAAUGACAUAAGAAGAAUAUUGAACACAGCACAGAUUAUAGCAAUUGCUCCUAAACUUAGAUUGAUAACUUUUGAUGGUGAUAUGACACUUUAUGGUGAUGGCAAAGACUUUGAACAUAAUUCAGCAUUAGUUAAUCUUCUUGUACAAUUACUCAAAUUUAACCUUCAUGUGUGUGUGGUUACAGCAGCUGGUUAUCCAGGGGAGGCACAUCGUUAUGAGAAAAGAUUAUCUGGAUUGCUAAAAGGAUUUGCUAAUGCAGAACUACCAAAAAAUGUUUGUGAGAGAUUUUUUGUUUUAGAAUCAAUUUUAUCAUGGAACGAUGAACAAAUUCAAGCGAUCUUAAAUGUUGCACAGAAAAGUCUGCAACGUUGUAUUGAUGAUAUGAAACUUCCAUGUACAAUAUUAAGAAAGAGUAAAGCUGUUGGCAUUGUUCCAAAGCCUGACGUAAAAAUAUUUCGGGAACAAUUGGAUGAAUGUGUGCUUUCAACACAACAUAGAUUGACUACAUAUUUAGCAACACCACCAGGCAAGGAACAUCCAAUACCAUAUUGUGCAUUUAAUGGUGGAAGUGAUUUUCUUUCUACUGGAAAUGAUUAUGCAACCAGAAAUCAAUGUUGUACAUUAUGGAUAGUGAAUCCUGAAGAAACUCAAACAGUUUUGGUGGAAUUAGUAGCUUUGUUGGAAGCAAAGAGAUCAGAGAGAUAUACUAUUGAAAAUUAA